AUGGCUCUUUGUGUACCAGUAUGCACACUGCUGUUGAUUUGCUCCCUUGGCUUGACUCAAAGCAGAGAAAUACCUGCCGGUGAAAGAAUAUCUACGGUUACAGAUACGAUAGAUGUCUUCUAUGAUGAGAACUCCAGAGACAUCUGUAAAUACUGUGCUCUCAUUCCAGGUUAUUUCUGGCAUUCUCAAAACUCGGUGUCUCCAACAACAGUUGAUCCCAGUAUAGUUCCUUCUACUACUGUAUCUUCUAAUACAGAUUCUCCAAACUCAGUGCCUCCUACAACAGUUUACCCCAGUAUAGUUCCUUCUACUACUGUAUCUUCUAAUACAGAUUCUCCAAACUCAGUGCCUCCUACAACAGUUGACCCCAGUAUAGUUCCUUCUACUACUGUAUCUUCUAAUACAGAUUCUCCAAACUCAGUGCCUCCUACAACAGUUGACUCCAGUAUAGUUCCUUCUACUACAGUAUCUUCUAAUACAGAUUCUCCAAACUCAGUGCCUCCUGCAACAGUUGACCCCAGUAUAGUUCUUUCUACUACUGUAUCUUCUAAUACAGAUUCUUCAAACUCAGUGCAUCCAACAACAGUUGACUCCAGUAUAUUUCCUUCUACUACUGUAUCUUCUAAUACAGAUUCUCCAAACUCAGUACCUCCUACAACAGUUGACCCCAGUAUAGUUCCUUCUACUACUGUAUCUUCUAAUACAGAUUCUCCAAACUCAGUGCCUCCUACAACAGUUGACCCCAGUAUAGUUCCUUCUACUACUGUAUCUUCUAGUACAGAUUCUUCAAACUCAGUGCAUCCAACAACAGUUGACCCCAGUAUAUUUCCUUCUACUACUGUAUCUUCUAGUACAGAUUCUCCAAACUCAGUGCCUCCUACAACAGUUGACCCCAGUAUAGUUCCUUCUACUACUGUAUCUUCUAAUACAGCUUCUCCAAACUCAGUGCCUCCUACAACAGUUGACACCAGUAUAGUUCCUUCUACUACUGUGUCUUCUAAUACAGAUUCUCCAAACUCAGUACCUCCUACAACAGUUGACCCCAGUACAUUUCCUUCUACUACUGUAUCUUCUAGUACAGAUUCUCCAAACUCAGUGCCUCCUACAACAGUUGACCCCAGUAUAGUUCCUUCUACUACUGUAUCUUCUAAUACAGAUUCUCCAAACUCAGUGCCUCCUACAACAGUUGACCCCAGUAUAGUUCCUUCUACUACUUUUCCUUCUACUACUGUAUCUUCUAAUACAGAUUCUCCAAACUCAGUGCCUCCUACAACAGUUGACCCCAGUAUAGUUCCUUCUACUACUGUAUCUUCUAAUACAGAUUCUCCAAACUCAGUACCUCCUACAACAGUUGACCCCAGUAUAUUUCCUUCUACUACUGUAUCUUCUAAUACAGAUUCUCCAAACUCAGUGCCUCCUACAACAGUUGACCCCAGUAUAGUUCCUUCUACUACUGUAUCUUCUAAUACAGAUUCUCCAAACUCAGUGCAUCCAACAACAGUUGACCCCAGUAUAUUUCCUUCUACUACUGUAUCUUCUAAUACAGAUUCUCCAAACUCAGUGCCUCCUACAACAGUUGACCCCAGUAUAGUUCCUUCUACUACUGUAUCUUCUAAUACAGAUUCUCCAAACUCAGUGCCUCCUACAACAGUUGACCCCAGUAUAGUUCCUUCUACUACUGUAUCUUCUAAUACAGAUUCUCCAAACUCAGUGCAUCCUACAACAGUUGACCCCAGUAUAUUUCCUUCUACUACUGUAUCUUCUAGUACAGAUUCUCCAAACUCAGUGCCUCCUACAACAGUUGACCCCAGUAUAUUUCCUUCUACUACUGUAUCUUCUAAUACAGAUUCUCCAAACUCAGUGCCUCCUACAACAGUUGACCCCAGUAUAGUUCCUUCUACUACUGUAUCUUCUAAUACAGAUUCUCCAAACUCAGUGCCUCCUACAACAGUUGACCCCAGUAUAGUUCCUUCUACUACUGUAUCUUCUAAUACAGAUUCUCCAAACUCAGUGCCUCCUACAACAGUUGACCCCAGUAUAGUUCCUUCUACUACUGUAUCUUCUAAUACAGAUUCUCCAAACUCAGUGCAUCCUACAACAGUUGACCCCAGUAUAUUUCCUUCUACUACUGUAUCUUCUAAUACAGAUUCUCCAAACUCAGUGCCUCCUACAACAGUUGACCCCAGUAUAGUUCCUUCUACUACUGUAUCUUCUAAUACAGAUUCUCCAAACUCAGUGCCUCCUACAACAGUUGACCCCAGUAUAGUUCCUUCUACUACUGUAUCUUCUAAUACAGAUUCUCCAAACUCAGUGCCUCCUACAACAGUUGACCCCAGUAUAGUUCCUUCUACUACUGUAUCUUCUAGUACAGAUUCUUCAAACUCAGUGCAUCCAACAACAGUUGACCCCAGUAUAUUUCCUUCUACUACUGUAUCUUCUAAUACAGAUUCUCCAAACUCAGUGCCUCCUACAACAGUUGACCCCAGUAUAGUUCCUUCUACUACUGUAUCUUCUAAUACAGAUUCUCCAAACUCAGUGCCUCCUACAACAGUUGACCCCAGUAUAGUUCCUUCUACUACUGUGUCUUCUAAUACAGAUUCUCCAAACUCAGUGCCUCCUACAACAGUUGACCCCAGUAUAUUUCCUUCUACUACUGUAUCUUCUAAUACAGAUUCUCCAAACUCAGUGCCUCCUACAACAGUUGACCCCAGUAUAGUUCCUUCUACUACUGUAUCUUCUAAUACAGAUUCUCCAAACUCAGUGCCUCCUACAACAGUUUACCCCAGUAUAGUUCCUUCUACUACUGUAUCUUCUAAUACAGAUUCUUCAAACUCAGUGCAUCCAACAACAGUUGACCCCAGUAUAUUUCCUUCUACUACUGUAUCUUCUAAUACAAAUUCUCCAAACUCAGUGCCUCCUACAACAGUUGACCCCAGUAUAGUUCCUUCUACUACUGUAUCUUCUAAUACAGAUUCUCCAAACUCAGUACCUCCUACAACAGUUGACCCCAGUAUAUUUCCUUCUACUACUGUAUCUUCUAAUACAGAUUCUCUAAACUCAGUGCAUUCAACAACAGUUGACCUCAGUAUAGUUUCUUCUACUACUAUAUCUUCUAAUACAGAUUCUCCAAACUCAGUGGCUCCUACAACAGUUCACCCUACCAUAGUUCCACCUGCAACUGUUUCUUCUCAUACAGAUUUGCCAACAACAGUGCAAUCUACAGUGAUUCACUCUAGUAUAGUUCCUCCUGCAACUGUUUCUUCUAAUACAGAUUCGCCAAACACAGUGCAAUCUACAGCGAUUCACCCUAGUAUCGUUCCUUCUACAACUGGUUCUUCUAGUACAGAUUCUCCAAACUCAUUGGCUCCUACAACAGUUCACCCUACCAUAUUUCCUCAUUUAAAUGUGUCUUCUAGUACAGAUUCGCUAGCAACAGUUCAACCUACAACAGUUAAACUAAACACAGUCUCUUCUGCAACUGGUUCUCCUUGUACGGCUUCUACAGCAGACCACCCUUCCACGGAUUCAGGUACAACAGCUUCACCGGUUACGAGUAGGCCUACCAAAAAUACCCCCGGUUCAUGUAAUUCUUGUGAUUCGAUCAUAAUUAUUAUUUUUCCACCUUGUAAUUAAUUAAGAAACGGUUAAUUUUCCCCCUUACUAGUAAAUGUUAAGGUCCUGCGAAUGAAAAUACCAUUUGCUAACAUUACAUGUUUAUGUUAAUAAGAGGGGCUUAAUUUACAAAAUACAAUACAAUAUAUUGUAAACUUAAAGAUUAAAAUUACUAUAAAUGUAGAUACCAGAAUACAACAAGGGCGAGGUCCAACUCAUUAUUGUGAAACUACAUCAGUAAACGGAUACAUUUACUUACCAAAGUAACAAACCUUAAGAAUCCAUUAUACCUGAUGUUUCAGUGAUUAAUAAAUCAAUACUAGGGAUUUUUCACUAAAACUUUAAAUCUUGACACCUUAACAGUUCGAAUACAUUAUUAAAUAAUAUUACAAUCCACUGUUCAGGAAAUGUCAUUUGAACAAGACAUAACAAUUCAUUAACAAACAAACUGCGAAAUUUUCAAUAUGGGUGCUUCUAAUGAAGCAGUAAAGGUUAGGUCUUACCAAAGAUGUCUACCCUUCACCACAGAGAUUUUAUAAAAAGGGGUUUAUAAAAGGAGAUAAGAACUUUGUCAAUAUGAACUCAAAAAUCAAUAUGAAAAUAUUUAAUGACGCCUAGCCACUGGAAGUCCACCCGAUUAAAAAAAAAAAAAAAAAAAAAAAAAAAAA